AUGACAGACCCCUUCUCGGUUGCGAGUGGUGCGAUAGGUGUUGUCUCCUUGGGUCUGACAAUCGAACAAUCACUUGCAGAAUGCGGGUCAGGUAUACUCGCACUUCAAACCAAGGUGGCCGCCCUCCAACGUGUGCACGGGCCUUCGCUCAGGCGGGACAGUCUGCAUCAUGCCGCAAGGAAGGCGAUAUUCCCCUUCAACAAAGAUGCCCUAGUCGAGCUAUCGGGCACCAUUGACAGCUUGCAGCAGAACCUGGAAACUGUCCUGGUCAUUGCCAAUCUAGAAGCCACGUCGGCCCAGCUCAAUGUCCAGAAUGUAGUGAACGACAAGGUGGAUGCCGUCAUCACCCUUUCUAAUGGAAUCCGCGCCGGCGUCCAAAAUGUCAGUCAGGACAUCUCUUUGCUACGCAACGACUUCUCGGCCUUCAAGAGCGAUCUCGGAAUGGUAAAGUCUGCUCUCGACCCAGGCCUCCAAGCAGUCAUGCAACGCAUUGACCAUUUAUCGGGGCAAGUUGGUAUGAUGCAGGUGUCUCAUGCUACAUCAGGGGCCAACUUUCAGAGCGUGAAUAUUCAGGCUCGUACGCUCCAACAACGGCUCAUCGCCAAGCCAAGCCUCUUCCACCAGUUCUGCGUCGAAGACAAAGAGACAAAAAUCACGACGAAACUAGGCUUCCUCUCCAAGAAACUUUCUCAUCAAUUUGCAUUUGUCGCUAUUCGGCCCGUCGUCAAAAGGCCCAAAAACAGGUUCUCUCCUUCGAGCACAGCCGAUAUACGGCCCAUGAACCGCACUGUCCUUUCCACGUUGAGGACAUAA